CCAAUCUUCAUUUAUAUAUAUGGUCACAGACUUACAGUUAUAGCCAUCUUCAUCAUAUCUUACCAUAUGUACAAACAUGUUAGCUCCACACAACCUCAUUUCUCUUGCAGGCUUGCUCCUCUUCAAUCUUCUUCCACUAGCUUCAUCACUUGAUCAACACAUCAACAUUAAUCCAAAGGUGACUCCCAAACUGUCAUAUGAGAUCAAACUCCAUGGAUUCCUCCUAUGGGCUUCUGUUGGUUUCUUGAUGCCAAUCUCCAUACUCAUAAAGAGGAUCUCAAAUGCCAACCCAUCUCCCACUAACCUCAGAAUCAUAUUCUACACUCAUGCCAUCACCCAGGUGUGUGCAGUCCUUGUUGCAGCAGCAGGAGGAGUGAUAUCAAUAAAACACUUCGACAACUCAUUCACCAACCAACACCAGAUAAUAGGUCUCCUCUUCUACGCCGCCAUAUGGUUCCAAACAAUGCUCACCAUCAUGAGGCCACACAGGGGAAGUAGAGGCAGGAAGAUUUGGUAUGUGGUGCACUGGCUAGUGGGAAUUGCAGCCUCAUUGGUGGGAGUGAUCAAUGUGUUCACUGGCUUACAAGCUUACCAUGAAAGAACAUUGGAGGAUGUAAGAAUUUGGACAGCUAUUUUUAUAGUUGAGCUGUGUUUGGUGCUGCUUGUCUAUCUUCUUCAAGAGAAGUGGCACUACUUGGGGCAACAUGGCACCGCGUCGAAGUCGCAGACAGCUCACCACAAGUUGAGUGAAGAAGAGAGCUGUGUUUGAAGCAAACUAGUGAGUUUACUUUCAACUAAUAUUGUAUAUGUUUGAAGAGUGAGGAAUGUAAUGAAAUUCAACAAGUCCCUGAGAAAUGGAAAAGGUUAUGAUUCAUUUUACU